UCCCGGCGCUGCAGCCAACCGGCUUGUGCGCGUCCCAGGAGCGCGCUAUAAAACCUGCGCUGGUGGCGCCGGGCGGGAGCGGGCGAGCGCCGGACCUGGGGGAAGGCGAGCAGGGCCGAUCUCCGGCGGAGAGAGUCUCGUUUUGCAAAAGCGAGAGGAAAAAGCCUGAGCAUGCAGAGUGUGCAGAGCACGAGCCUCUGUCUGCAAAAACAGUGCCUCUGCCUGGCUUUCUUGCUUCUCCAUCUCCUGGGACCGGUAGCUGCGACUCAGCGCUGCCCUGCCCCGUGCCCGGGCCAGUGCCCCGCGACGCCGCCGACCUGCGCCCCCGGGGUGCGCGCGGUGCUGGACGGCUGCUCCUGCUGUCUGGUGUGCGCCCGCCAGCGCGGCGAGAGCUGCUCGGAACUGGAGCCAUGCGACGAGAGCAGCGGCCUCUACUGCGACCGCAGCGCGGACCCCAGCAACCAGACUGGCAUCUGCAUGGCGGUAGAAGGAGACAACUGUGUGUUCGAUGGGGUCAUUUACCGCAGUGGAGAGAAAUUCCAGCCAAGCUGCAAAUUCCAGUGCACCUGCAGAGAUGGGCAGAUCGGCUGCGUGCCCCGCUGUCAGCUGGAUGUGCUCCUGCCUGAGCCUAACUGCCCAACUCCAAGAAAAGUAGAGGUGCCCGGAGAGUGCUGUGAAAAGUGGAUCUGUGGCCCAGAUGAGAAGGGAACACUGGGAGGCCUGACCCUUGCAGCCUACAGGCCAGAAGCCACCCUAGGAGUUGAAGUCUCUGACUCAAGUAUCAACUGCAUUGAACAGACCACAGAGUGGAGUGCGUGUUCGAAGAGCUGUGGCAUGGGUUUUUCCAGCCGGGUCACCAACAGGAACCGCCAGUGUGAGAUGGUGAAGCAGACUCGGCUCUGCCUGGUGCGUCCCUGUGAACAAGAGCCCGAGGAACCAACAGAUAAGAAAGGAAAAAAGUGUCUCCGCACCAAGAAAUCACUCAAAGCCAUCCACCUGCAAUUCAAGAACUGCACCAGCCUGCACACCUAUAAGCCCAGGUUCUGUGGAGUCUGCAGUGAUGGCCGGUGCUGCACCCCCCACAAUACCAAAACCAUCCAGGUAGAGUUCCAGUGCUCCCCAGAGCACAUAGUCAAGAAACCAGUGAUGGUCAUUGGAACCUGUACCUGUCAUACCAAUUGUCCUAAGAACAACGAGGCUUUCCUCCAGGAGCUGGAGCUGAAGACUAGCAGAGGGAAAAUGUAACCUGUCGCUCAAGAAGCACCCCUACAGAGGCAAACUACAGCUGCUGCAUGACCCACCAUCCAAUGACCAUCAGAAAAAAAAUGAAGAAUCAUUAUUUCAUCCUUAAGUCCUGUGUAUUUUCUGUGACCACAUGAGGACAUUUAUAUCUGUCUUCUUUUUUUAAUGAAAGAUAUGAUUAACUAUAAACUUGGAAUCAAGGUAAGCUCAGGAUAUGACUUAGGGAUGACUUACUUUCCUGUGGUUUUAUGACAAAUGCAAAUUUCUAGCAAUUUAAGAAAGCAGAUAUAUGACUUACUACGUAGCCUAUAUCACAUUGCACUCAUCUUACUUUGUUGUGCACUAGUGCAAUGCCAAGGAAAUGUCACUGCAAUGACAUGGUGAAAUCUAGGAUCAUACUGAACAUGUACAAAUAUUUCACCCUAUAUCAAGGUUUGACUUGAGGAUUCUCUCUUGGGCUCCCUUUUUUUGGGUAGAUCAACUCUGAACUUCCAAGCCCAAGAUCCAAGGAAACAUACAGCUCUUCAACAUGAAGUCCAGAGACUUAUUAAUUUUCUGUUUAGUUGUAUACUAGGAAACAUGCUGUAUCUACAGUAAUGAUAUGUUUGUUAAGUAGACUGGUGUCAUGUACUUUCUCCAUUUCAGAAAAAUUGACUCCUUUCCAAUAGAAAGAAGCUCAACAGAAAACUCCCAAUGCAGAGAUGACUGUGCCCUCACAGCCCUCAUACGUUUGCAUCCUAGAGGCUGCUGAGGUCCACUAGUUGUUUUUGUUUUUUUUUUUAAUUCAGCAGAAGCGGAGCAUAUCAACAGGUAUCCUCUCAUCAGUAAGAUGAGAGGUUGCUCACAACCUCUGAUGACUUUCAAAUGUGCUUUGCAUGGAAUUUUGAAAAAGAAGAACAAAAUCAAAAUGACUAUGUUGGUGAGAAACCACAAAUUUUAUGGAAGUUUAGAAUUAUUGUAGACAUGCCCAAUACGUAUCCUUGGGCCAUGAUUAUGAAAACUCACAGUCAAGAUAUGUAUGUAUAUAUACGUGUAUCUCAUUUGUCAGGCUACAAAGUAGGCUGCAAAAUUCAAUAUAUCCAUUCCUCUAAUGUCACUAUAUGUGUUCCACUUUUCUUCUUUAAAGUAUUUAUAAAAAUAUAAAUUGUACAUUUUGUAAAAUAUUAUUUUUAAUUUCUCUACUUGUCAGACAUCACUAAAUAAAUGUGAUUUUAUUGCUG